AUGUCUCAACAAUACUAUCCAUUUAAGUGCACCCCGACUGUUUAUCCUGCGGAACCAUUUGAUGCAAAUGCAGAUGCAGCUAUUCUUCGUAAAGCUAUGAAAGGUUUUGGUACUGACGAAAAAACAAUAAUUGAUGUUUUAACUAAACGAGGAAUAGUUCAACGUUUGGAAAUUGCUGAAAGUUACAAGACACAGUAUGGCAAAGAUUUGAUAAAUGAUUUAAAAAGUGAACUGUCGGGAAAAUUUGAAGAUUUUAUCAUUGCAUUGAUGACACCAUUGCCCCAUUACUAUGCUAAAGAACUUCAUGACGCAGUUUCUGGGCUUGGUACUGAUGAAGAGGCUAUAGUUGAAAUUUUAUGCACAUUAAGUAAUUAUGGAAUCCGUACUAUUGCUGCAUUUUAUGAAAAUCUUUAUGGCAAAAGCUUGGAAGCUGACUUAAAAGACGAUACGUCAGGUCAUUUCAAAAGAUUAUUAGUCUCCCUUUGUCAAGCUAAUCGAGAUGAAAAUCAAGGUGUUGACUAUGCCCAAGCACAAGCUGACGCACAAGCUCUAUUUGACGCAGGUGAGAAACAAUGGGGAACAGAAGAAUCUCAAUUUAAUAUGAUACUAGUAACUCGCAGUUACCAACAAUUACGUCAAACCUUUUUGGAGUAUGAAAAAAUAUCAGGACAUGACAUUGAAGUGGCUAUUAAAAAAGAAUUUUCUGGAAGCAUCGAAAAGGGACUUUUAGGAAUUGUGAAAUGUGUGAAAUCUAAGGUCGGUUUCUUUGCUGAAAGAUUACAUGCUGCAAUGCAAGGCAUCGGUACUAAAGAUCGCACAUUGAUACGUAUUAUCGUAUCAAGAAGUGAGAUUGAUCUUGGAGAUAUUAAGAAAGCAUUUGAAGAACGAUUUGGUAAAUCAUUGGAAAGCUGGAUUGCUGGUGACACUUCUGGUGAUUAUAAGAAAGCUUUAUUGUCUUUGGUAUCAACGUAA